AUUCACUCUGAUUGGAGCAGCUUGGGGCAUGUGUGCACCUGUGGACCAGUCCCUGGGCUCCUGUCAGUGCAGGACUCUGAUUGUGGCAACAGGAACCAAUAUGGCAGAGUUCGCACAGCCUCAGCCCUCCACAGCACACUUGUCUUGACCCACCCUGUCCAGGCACGACCUACACGGCCACGGCCAUGAUGUGCUCUGCGCCUCCCUCCAUGACAUGGUAUUUCUGGGACAGAGGUCUUGCUGAUGGCCCCACUUCCAGGAGCAGAGCUGGUCCAGAGGCCACUGCAGCUCUACAGAUACUUGCUGCGCUGUUGCAGGAGGCUGCCGACCCAGGGCAUCCAGGAACACUACAGACAUGCUGUCAGGCAGAGUUUCCGGGUUCAUUCAGAUGAAGACAACCCUGAGAGAAUCCAGCAGAUUAUUAAAAGAGCCAUUGAGGAUGCCGACUGGGUCAUGAACAAAUAUAAAAAACAAAAGUGACUACCCAGAGCCUGAAGGAGAAGUUGUGUUAGAGACGUCUGGGGCUCCCUCUCUUCUGGAGCUAAGCUUCAUCAUCAUCAUCAUCAGCAUCAUCAGCAUCAUCAGCAUCAGCAGCAUCAUCAGCAUCAACAGCAUCAGCAUCAUCAGCAUCAUCAUCAUCGGAAGCAGCAGUUUUGGAAUAUUCUUCAGUCUCAUUGGUUGACAGAGCAGGAGAACUGGGAUGGGAGAAGCUGACAUUUGUCUGUCAGCUCUUCUCGCUGUAGCCAUGUUCCUGGCGUCCUUUCUUGUUGCUUUGCCUGCCAGGUCUGAUAUACAGCCUGUGGACAGUGUAGCAUUUUUUUGUUUCUUCUCUGUGUUUUUCAUUUUGGUGUUUUUGGUUUUCUACAUUGCUCUGAAACUGAUCCAUUUGUUCUGGAGGUCUUUUUACAAGUCUUUGAACCCCAGAGAAGAUGUCCCCAUAGAUGGUCACCUGCACAGAGGGAAGAAAAUGGUCUUUAAAUCUGGGCAGCUCUGGAUUUGAGCCCUGGACUUAUGGCUUCCCUGUGGUGUGGCCUUUGAGCUCAGUGUCCUCCUUGGUGAGGAUGAAGUGAGAUGAAGGAGAAGUGCCUCGCCCAGGAUGCGGCAUGUACCUGUUAGUGCCCCCAGGGAGCUGUGCUGGGUGGUCACCUCCUGCUCCUGCGGUGUUCUGGGCAUGUCUGCUGUCCUGUGUGGUAUCAGUGAUUUGUUUUUGUUUUUUUCAUUUGUGUAUUUGGUACAGGGUCUCAUUGCACAGCUUGGACU